UUCUCCUUUUACUUUCUCCCUCGUGACCAAAUUCCAUUCUUUUUCACCACGUUCUCCUUCAUCUUCAAAUUCCAUUGUUUUUUCAUUCAUUCGAAAAAAAAAGCUUCUGGUUUGUCAUAUGCGUUUUUUUUUCUGGAUUUUUCACAAGCUUCUAAAUUUCAUUUGGGUUUUGGCAGAUUGGUAUUUUUUGUCUUCUGGGCUUUGGCUGGCAUCGUGGAGUUUGCCGACAAUGUCCCGGCGGAUGAAGGUGAUGGUCGAGAGCGAUAUUGGGAGUUGAGGAAGCCGAGGAUCUGAGCAGAGGAGAAGCACUGCCUUUCGACAGCGAGCUCGGCGAUAAACUCGAGAUGUGCACGGGAAAAGCAGUUAUGAGGUCUCAUGAUUCUGGGUUCGGGGCAAGGAGAGAGGGAGAGAGUAGGAGAGAGUGAAACAGAGAGCGGAGAGAGGCAGUUUAGAGACCCGUUGGAUUACAUCAAAUAAAUCCGAACGGCUCAGAUGAAGAGAAGAGGAGAGAGUAGGAGGAUAGGAGGAAAGCCUUAGAUCUUGCGAGAUGGAUCUGUCACUGUCAAAAGAACAAGAAAACGACCAUCUUUUCACUUUACAAAUUUGAAGCAGAGAGAGAGAGAGAGAGAGAGAGAGAGAGAGAGAGAGAGAGAGAGAUGGCAGCAGCACAAGACAGCAGGGAAUUUUGCAAAGCAUUUCCAAUGAACGGCGGAGAUGGACCCAACAGCUAUGCCAACAACUCCACCAUCCAGGGAAAAUAUGUGGAUUUUGCCAAACAACUUACAGUCAAGGAAAUUGCAGAAAAGCUUGACAUAGAAAUUUUUCGAUUUUCCAACACCUUUCGGAUGGCGGAUUUGGGUUGCUCCGUUGGGCCUAACACAUUUUCUGUGGUCGAAACCAUACUCGAGGCCGUGCAGCUCAAGUAUCAAUCUAAUAUGAUGAAUUCCCAAUUCCCCGAAUUUCAAGUUUUCUUCAAUGAUCACACUGCGAAUGAUUUUAACAUGCUCUUCAAAGCCCUCCCUCGCAACAGGCGAUACCAUGCAGCCGGCGUGCCUGGUUCUUUCCAUGGUCGCAUAUUUCCUAACGCUUCAAUUCAUUUUUUCCACUCUUCUUUCACAGUUCAUUGGCUUUCUAGAGUGCCAAAAGAUGUAGCGGACAGAAACAGUCCUGCUUGGAACAAAGGGAGAAUCGAAUACUCAAAUUCAACCAAUGAAGUAGUAAGGGCUUACGAAGCUCAACAUGCUGAGGACAUGGAGUGCUUUCUGAAUGCCAGGGCACAAGAGAUGGUGUGCGGAGGACUGAUGGUACUCAUCAUUCCAGGCCGCCCCAAUGGUACCCGUCAUUUGGCAAGUGCGACCUUCCAACUUUUAGAAGCUUGCCUAAUGGAAAUGGUUAGAAAGGGUGUUAUUCCAGAAGAGAGAGUAGAUUCUUUCAAUGUACCUGUGUAUUUCACGUCUGCUCAAGAACUGGAAGCCGUUGUAGAGCAAAACGGAUGUUUUAGCAUAGAGAGAAUGGAACAUUUGCCUCACAUGAACGUAGAUGACAGUGUCUUGACAAACUUUGCAUCUCAUCUGAGGGCAAUCUUGGAGGGACUCAUCAAGCAGCAUUUUGGAGAAGGAAUCCUAGACGAGCUUUUCGACUUGUACAGUAGGAAGCUUGAACAGCAACGGUUUAUGAUCGAGUCAGGGAGAACAAUCCAGUUUUUUGUUGCGCUAAAACGCAAGGAAAAUUGAUUUGAAUAUACUUGGUGUUUCGACUCGUACGGUCAAAAUCCUAGACGAGCUUUUCGACUUGUAUUUUCUUUGAUCAUUGUUAUGCUUGGCGUUUUAUUACGACUACCUGACAUUUUGCUUAUUUAAAUUUGUAGAACAAAAAUUUGUAUCGAAUCUUCACCUGCUAUUUAUUUUUCCGUUGACCAUUAUCAUAUAGAUAAUAGUUUGAUGUGUUGCA